AUGGCACCGCGAACCUUCAAAAAAGCCAUCGUCGCCGUGAGCGGCACCUUCCCCGGCUAUAAGCAGGCCGACCUGAAGGCCCUGGUGGAAGGCCAGGGCGCGACGUUUAGUAGCAGUGUUUCUCAGGACUGUACGCAUCUUGUUACUACGGAGAAGGAUGUCGAGAAGGGGAGUGCUAAGAACAGGACUGCUUGUGGGAUUAGUACUUGCGAGGUUGUGAAUCUGGAUUGGCUGUUGGAGUCGGUUGAGGCGAAGAAGCCUCUUCCUGUGAAGAGCUAUUUGUUUACGAAUGAUUUGAGUUCUCCGGCUCCGCUGGCUAAUGGGGACGCCAAGGCCGAUAAGAAGGAGAAUAAAGAGGUUAAGAAAGAAAAGGGCGGCGCGAAAAAGCGCACUCAUGAGGAUGCGAUGGGUGCAAACGGGGCUGUUAAUGGAGACGAAGAAGAAUCGAAGAAAACGAAGCAUUCACAAAAGGCGUCGUCCAAGAAGCUUGUUGUUCCUCUUGAUGAGGGUUGUACCUUGGGAGGUUACUCUGUUUACAUCGAUGAUUCAGGUCUGAUUUGGGACGCGACUCUGAACCAGACCAAUGCCGGCCAUAAUAACAACAAGUUCUAUCGCAUCCAGCUCCUCGUGAGCCGCAGCUCCGACUACAGAACGUGGACUCGAUGGGGUCGCGUCGGAGAGUCAGGUCAAUCGACUGUUCUGGGAAAUGGUGCUUUUGAUCAAGCUAUGGUAGAGUUCGAGAAAAAAUUCAAGGACAAGACUGGUCUUACCUGGGAGAAUCGACUGGACACUCCCAGGAACAAAAAGUACACCUUCCUUGAACGCAACUACGAAGACUCGGACGAUGAGGAAGACGAUGAGGACCAGGUUGUCAAAAGGGAAGAGAGGGAAGAGACCCCCGUGGAAAGUGCUCUACCCGAGUCGAUUCAAAACCUCAUGACCUUCAUCUUCAACCAGCAGCACUUCCUCUCUGCCAUGGAAGCCUUAUCCUACGACGUCAAGAAAAUGCCUCUGGGAAAGCUGAGCAAGCGGACACUCCACGAGGGAUACCGGAUUUUGAAAGAUCUGUCGGAUCUUCUGGCCAACCCUGGUCUCGCCAAUGCGAGAUACGGAACUACUGUUCCAGCUGCCGCGGAGGAGCUUAGCAAUCGGUACUUUACGACAAUUCCUCAUGUUUUUGGUCGUAAUCGACCUCCGGUCUUGUUUCACGACAAAUUGAUCAAGAAGGAGGUUGAGCUGCUGGAGGCGUUGACGGACAUGGGCGUUACGAAUGCAAUUAUGAAGGAAUCCAAGGAUGUUGAGAGGGAGAGGGUUCACCAGCUGGAUCUUCAGUUUAACAGCUUGGGAAUGGAGGAGAUGACUCCAGUCGAACCCAAUACGACCGAGUUCAUUGAGCUCGAGCAAUACCUCAACCACUCACGCGGAGCAACCCAUAACCUGAGCUACAAGGUAAUCAACAUCUUCCGCAUCGAACGGCCCGGCGAAACCGACCGAUUCUCAAAGUCCUACGGCGCCAUCAAAAACUCCAACCGCCGUCUCCUCUGGCACGGCUCCCGCAGUACCAACUUUGGUGGUAUCCUCAGUCAAGGUCUGCGUAUUGCACCCCCAGAAGCCCCCGUCAACGGUUACAUGUUCGGCAAGGGUGUCUACUUUGCCGAUAUGUCAUCGAAGUCCGCCAAUUACUGCUGCCCUUACAACUCCGGUAACAUGGGUCUGCUGAUGCUGUGCGAUGUGGAACUGGGUGAUCCCAUGUACGAGCAGGACUACGCUAACUGCAACGCUGCCGAGGACUCGAAGAAGGAAGGCAAACUUGCAACACUUGGGCGUGGAAGCAGUAUUCCGGCAGGUUGGAAGGAUGCUAAGUGUGUGCAUGAGAAUCUUAAGGGAGUCACGAUGCCGGAUGUGAGCGUGGGAUCAAUGAAUGAACAGAAUAGGUGUUCGUUGUACUACAACGAGUACAUUGUUUAUGAUGUGGCACAAAUUCGACAGCGGUAUCUGUUCCAUGUCAAAAUGCGCUAG